CUGUUUUGAUUGUCAUGCUUCUCAUUCUGUGAUUUAGAGAAACUGUGGUUUCAUGGCAGCACAUAGGCAAAGGAUGUGGAGUGAUGAUCUUCAGAUUCCCAAACUCAAAAUGUCUAUACUUGAAGCAAACAAUGCUGAGCUACAAAGGGAAAUUGAACUAUGCAGAGCAAGAAAUACUAAACUACAACAGGAUCUUCAAGAAUGCAGAGAAAGCAAUAUUGAGCUACAAUGGGAGCUUCAUGAAUGCAGAAGGUUUUUGCAGGACAUAAGAGAUAUAAAGGAAGAGUAUGAGAGGUCUUUGCAAGAAGUAAGAGAUAUAAAGGACGAGUAUAAGAGGUCUUUGCAGGAAGUAAGAGAUCUAAAGGAAGAGUCAGUGAAACUCUAUGCAGAAGUGAAUCAUCAAUUGAAGUUGCGGGGACAUCUGAGCUCAUUUAGAGUUCCGGAGGAUAGGGACACAACGGAACCAGACCAUUUAGACAUACACACAGGAAAGCAGCAGGUUAAGAAAAGAAAAAUAGGCGAUCUUACUGUUGAGGAUGAAGAAAAGAAUGCAUCUGGAUCAUGUUGCACAUAUUGCGGGGGUUCAUUAUGCAAAAAUACACGUCACUGCCGACCAGUUGAGCAAAUUUGUAGUUCAUCAUGCACAUGCAAAGUCUAUAAAUGCUCCAACAAAGAAUGUGACAUUUAGCUCUUAUGAACUGAUUACAGGGUAAGUGGAUUGUGGUCUAGCUGUUAUAGCAUAUAUAUUCUUGGACCUAAUAUUUUACUGCCUUUAGAGAAUUUCUACACAGGCUAGCUUCAAACUCUUUCUUACAUCUAUUGGAUAUUGUAAAAUAUAAACGGUUGAAAAUUUGAAGUUAAAAGAUCCACUAACUAAAUUU